AUGGGCAUCGAUGCCGAAGCGCUGCUACUGACACGGCCUCUGAAAACAUGGAGGCUCUGUAGCUGGGCCAUGGAGCUGCCACGAAGUUCCCUGGGCUCCAAGUACUCCUUGUUGUUCCACCUCUUGGAGGCCGGGGAGGAAGUUCAGCUGCCUCUACUCUGCUUGCGAGAUGCAGACAGAAAGCUUUGUGAUGCGCUGAGUCCGUCGUACCAAAUGCUGAAGGCCCUGCCGGGCUCAUGGGCGGACCUGCUUCCAGAUGCGUCCCGCUUGGUCGAUGGGAGGCGUCACCAGGAGUCCUUCUUCUAUGCGCACGGGCUAAACAGCUUCGCUCAGAGCCUGUUGGACUACCUCCGGUCAGAGUUCGCGGACCCGGCAGAAGUGUUGACACGUCCGGAAUUUUGGGAGCAUCGCAACUAUGGUGCUCUCAUGGUGCAGGCCUUUCACCUCAGUGCCUACGGUCCCACGGAGCACGACCUCAGCGGUGCCUUUGUCAAAGGCACAGCGGAGCUGCGGCCGCGCGAGGGACGUGCGGAACUGGUGGGGCGUGUGGAACUGCAGUUUGCGGAGAGGCUCGAAGGGCAGCUCUGGAUUCAUGCAGUUCCAGACUCUGAAAGCAGGACCUUCAGUGGGGACAAGGUCAGCUUUGACCUGGGAUGUCGAAGGCUAAGCCGCCUGUCUGGGAAAGCGCUGGAACAGCUCUCCGGCUGGCGCAUAUUGGCUCCUCCCGAAGUGCCGUCGGAGUCCGCCGGGUUCUGGGAGCGGCGCUGGUUCCGGGUGGUGCUGAUGUGCCUGCGCAGGGUGAUGCCGCAGGUGCCAACGCGGAGGGUCUUGCACUUCGCACGCCCGCCCUUUCCGCAGCAGCCGGUGCUGAUCGGCCUGAGCCAUGAUCACAUCGCGUGGCAAGACAUGGAAUGGGUCUAUGCAAAUCCAAAGCUUGAUGUGCUGGAAAGCAGUGAGGAAGAGUUGAUUGACCUAGUCAGCCAGUUGCAAGGCUACGGUUGCCCCUUUCGCCUUCCCUUUUGGCUCUCCGAACUUUGA